UGUCAUUUCCCAAGGCCCAGUGAUUCUCCCAGCUGCUGCUAUCGCUUUCUUAUUUCGUUGGGCUCCAAUUUGAUGUCGUUUUAAAGAUGAUGCAGUUCUUUAGUUCUUGUCGUCCAAAUACCGCUGUUGUUUAUACGCCACUAUUACUAGUAAGAACGCCAAAGUUGGAGGUGAAGUGAGAGAAACAAAGGGGCCAGAAAACAAUGGCGGAGUCUACGCGUGGCUUAAACCCUCCCAAAACCCUCAAACCCAAAUUCCCAAUUCGUAAUACCCUUCUCUCUUCAAUCCCUCAUUUCACCACGACCACAAAAUCCAAUUCCAAGAAGUUAUCGACCGUUUCUCUGUCGAUAAUGGCGGACCAAAAUCAACGGCGAGACCAGAAACCUUUGACUUUGGAUGCUUUCGGCAAUGGCCCUCGUAAAGAAGAGCUCUUUGGUGCCAUCACAAAGUCCUUGGCCUAUUGUCUCUCCGAAACCAAUUUGCAACUCACCGUCCCUGGUCUCAAGUCCAAAACCAGAGGAAAGGUUAGAGAUAUUUAUGACAGUGGUGAUUAUCUGGUUUUGGUCACGACGGAUCGGCUGAGUGCUUUCGACAGAAUUCUCGCUUCCAUCCCGUUCAAAGGCCAGGUUCUUAACCAAGCAAGUUUAUGGUGGUUUGACAAUACUCUACACAUAACUCCAAAUGCAGUUGUAUUAGCACCCGAUGAGAAUGUGACAAUUGCAAAGAAAUGCUCAGUUUUUCCCGUUGAGUUCGUAGUUAGAGGUUAUGUAACUGGAAGCACUGAUACGUCGUUAUGGACGGUCUAUAAGAAAGGUGUUCGAAAUUAUUGUGGCAAUGCACUUCCAGAAGGAUUGGUAAAAAACCAAAAGCUUCCUGCAAAUAUCCUCACACCUACAACUAAGGCUGCAGAUCAUGAUGUUCCCGUGACUCCAGAUGAGAUUAUUAGUAGUGGACUGAUGACUGAAGCGGAUUAUGAGGAAGCAAGUAGGAAAGCAUUAAGCUUAUUCGAAUAUGGACAACGUGUGGCUCGGGAACAUGGCUUGAUAUUAGUUGACACCAAAUAUGAAUUUGGAAAGGGACGUGAUGGUUCCAUUCUUUUGAUUGAUGAGGUGCAUACGCCUGAUUCAAGCAGAUAUUGGAUUGCACAUUCUUAUGAGGAACGUUUUAAGAAUGGUCUUGAGCCUGAAAAUGUUGAUAAGGAGUUCCUGAGGUUAUGGUUCAAAGAUCACUGCGAUCCAUACAAAGAUAAGGUCCUCCCUGAUGCUCCUGAAGAACUUGUUUCUGAACUAGCUUGGCGGUAUAUUUUCUUGUACGAGACGAUAACAAAAUUCAAAUUUAAGAUGCCAUCAACAGAGGAACCCAUACAUGAUCGCAUAUCUCGAAAAGUGGCGUUGGCCUUGUCAUCCCUAAAGUAAAUUAAGGCGUAUGAAACACAAGUUUGGCCUAAAAAAUGAUGGCCAUUUGGUCUUUGAGACGCGCUAUAGAUCUCCAUCCUUGAUGGGAUUUUCUCUGGGGAGAAAAGUUUUGUUUUCCUAUUGCUCGUUUCAAUGAGGUGAGCGAAACCAAGCCAAAUUGUGUUGUAGUUUUCUACAGCUAUUUGUCAACGCACGCGCAAGAAUGAGUUGUGCUCGUCACCCUAUGGGUGAUACUAUCAACUAGGAAAAAUAAUGAUAUAGUGGAAUAAAUUUUCGUAGAUAUUCUGCUUGUCCAUUACAGUAAAGUAAUUGGAAGCAAAUGAUUUCAGAGAACGUUAAAAGGAUAGUGUUUGCUGAAUAUUUCCAGUAGUCUGAGGGGUGCACAUUUCCUACUUCCUAGAAUAUCUUGCAAUAAUGUCUUGCAAGGAGGCGUAUAUACUUUUUUUUUGUUUUUUUGAUAAUUUAUUUUCUUUCGUAAUGUUCAAACUGGACAUGGAAAU